GAGAGAGAGAGGGAGAGAGAGAGCAAGAUCAUGAGUAGAGGAGAAGGAAAAGUGGUGUGUGUAACAGGAGCUUCAGGUUACAUAGCUUCAUGGCUGGUUAGAAGGAAAAGUGGUGUGUGUAACAGGAGCUUCAAGUUACAUAGCUUCAUUGAUGGUUAAGCUCUUACUUGAACGAGGCUACAUAGUUAAGGCCACUGUUCGUGAUUCGAGUGAUCCAAAGAAAACAGAUCACUUGCUUGCACUUGAUGGGGCAAAGGAAAGACUUCAUUUGUUCAAAGCAAAUUUACUGGAAGAAGGGUCUUUUGAUGCUGUAAUUGAUGGGUGUGAACGAGUUUUCCAUACAGCAUCACCUGCAAUAUUUUCAAUUACUGAUCCUUAGGUUCCUCUCUCAUCCCUUUCAUCUCCUUAAAUCCUCUUGAUAUGUUAAAGCAUUCAUCAAACUUUACUGGCUUAUGCUAGGUAAUUAGCUAAUCUGGUCUGAAGACUAAUGCAUUUCAUUCAUUUCCUUGUAAACUAUUCAUUUAAUAAAUAUUUCCAUUUCUUU